CGGUUGCUAGGAAGCGGAGAACGCCUGACAGGUGGAGACGCUCCGAGUCACACCUGUCCUCGUUAACGGCUCCACUCUUUCUGGAUCUCCGUUAGGUGUUAGAAUACGCUAGCAGGAGCUGGACUGUAUUGUUAACAAUGGCCGCAGAGUGCACACAUGACACAAUUAUAGCCUUUCUGCUGGAGCAGGGAGGCAAAGUGAAGAACGCGGACUUAAUAAAGCAUUUUAAAGCCAUAUUCCCGGAGGACCCGGAGAGGAAGGCGGCUGUCCGGGAGACAUUUAAAAAGUACGUUGACAGCGUGGCAUUUGUUAAAAAUGAGAACGGAGUUAAACACGUGUGCCUGAGGAAGAAGUUUCGCGCUGCGUUAAGCAAGACGGAACCGGUGAGAGAGCAGAGCAGAGACACAGCCACGGACCGUGACCCCCAAGGCGCGGAAGAACUGGAGCAACCAGCAGCACCUGGCUCAGGUUACGGAAAUGACAGCCAGGUAAGAGUUCCGCAUAAUUUCAACACUGAAAGCAUUUUACGGAACAAAGCAGACGAGGAAAGCACAGGUCUUCAGUUUGAUUGUAAAUUGGAAGGAGCGGACAGCAGCUCCGGGGAGAUGGGAAACUUGGAAAGCGUCAGACGAGACAAGAGGGAGUCCAGAAAGGAGCAGGCUGGAAAAGCACCCGAGUUACCAGAAAUCAGCAUGAGCGAAGCGUCGCCGCUCCCUGCAGAGGAAUCUGCUUUUAGCCUACCUGGGCCUGCACAGACUGGCAGUACGGGAGAGGCGGUUACUGCUGCUGAGUCUGAGGCGCUGUCACACCUGAGUGACUCAGAGCAGGUCAGUGUGACGAGGUGCACAAACUUUGAAGGUUCCCAGCGCAGGGAGCCGGAGGCAACGGAGGAAGAGGGGCACAUAGAUACUCAUAGUUUGAAUGGAGGCGAAGAUAACACCCUGAAAGGUAGCCGCAAGCAUUUCAUAGAGGUCACGAUGAACCGCUCCCCACAGGUUAGGCGCAGCUUAGUGCCGCGCAGCUCUAUUUACUUGUCUUCUAGGGUUGAUUUUGACUCCACCUCUGUGGUUUCCUCCACCCUGGACGAGGACAGGGCAUCUGUAGCCCUGGAGCCUGUGGAGCAUGAGUGGAUGAUGUGUGCUUCGGAUGGGGAGUGGAGCAGCUUGCAUCGCCUCCUUGCUACAGAGCCGCAGCUCAUCAUGAGGAAGGAUUUUGUCACUGGGUUCACCUGCCUGCACUGGGCAGCCAAGCACGGCAAGCCUGAGCUCAUAGCCUUGAUCGUUAAUUUUGCCAAGCAGCACAACAUUCCCAUUAGUAUUGAUAUUCGAUCCAGCACUGGCUAUACACCGCUGCACAUCGCUGCCAUGCAUGGCCACAUGGAGGUGGUGAAGCUCCUGGUGGGCGCCUAUAAUGCAGAUGUGGAAAUUAGAGACUACAGCGGGAGGAAGGCCUGCCAGUACCUCAGUGACAGUGUGAGCAUGGACAUGUGGGACAUCUGUGGAGCUUAUGAGUACUCUGUGACUGAGAACUCUGACCCCAGGGACAGAGGCCGCUGGAGGAUCUCUAACCUGAAGCCCCUCAAGCAGCUCAUCUCCAACGACGGUGAUUCUGUGGAGAGUGAUGGUCAACCCAGGGAAAAGCCUCUCAGGAGGAAGUCCUCGCUAAACAGGAUGAAGCCCAAACUGCAGAACCUUCGUGCCAGGAUGUCUCAGAUUGUCCACAGCACUUCAUUCAAAGACAGAGAGGAGCAGGAAGAGCCAAAGAAAGGCUCCUUCAGAUCCAGACCCAAGAGCCAUUUCUUUGGGUGAAAUCAGUCCUGACCACAGGAUGUGGUAUGCAUGACAAAUACAGAGCAGAAUGUUUGCAGAAUUAUGGGAAAUCACUGAUUGGUGUUUUAGGCUUUUUUAAAAAUUGACUGUUAUUUCAAAGAACCCUUAAACUUUUGUGGAGGUGAAAAAUGUUCAGUCUCCACAUCCAAAAACUGGGUUCCGCUUCCUGUCAACGAGGAUCUACUACAGCUCUGAAUGUGAUGCUGAUUACAUGUGAAUGUAGUUAUGUGUUAUGUAUCCAGUGGGAAAUGGGAAACAUCUUUAGCUAGCUGCGGACCUUGAAUCACUGCCUUGUCAAACAGGAUCCUGUCUGUGCAGUGAAGAUAUGAAGCAGCUGCCACUCACUGUGGCUCCUUGAAGGUUUUUCAGUGGUUAUGAGAUAUCAGUGGAGCUGUGCUCUCAUUUGGGUUUGCUAUUUGAACAAUAAAUUAGUCAGCUUUCCUCUUUUUUUUGUUUUAUGACAUAAACUACAGGAACAAGAUUGUGCCAGUUCCCCAGUGAUGAUCUAUAUUUGGCUCCAUGAUGUACAACAAAUGCACGCUGUGUGUACACAAAGAUAACCCAUAUUAGAUUUUAAAGCAUAUCAUAGAUACACUCCCUCUGCAGGUCAGACUGACGUUUUAUUAUCCGUCCACAGCUGAUUCUAAAGCCCUUUGACCUUGAGUUGGUAAUCCGCCUGCAGUGAGCCGGAUUACUGUGUCACAAGAUGGUGAGGGAGUGUAAAGCUCUGUUCUUUGGAAAUGUGGAAUUUCAUACUUUGCACAGUCAGCUUUUGUCCCUUUAGAGGAAAGAGCAUUUUCAGUGGUUGCCUGUAACAGCAUGGACAUUUGUGGAAUGUUUCUGUGACCACGGUGCACCGAACACACUGAUCUUUAAAUGAUGGCACUAAAAUCUGCAGAGCUCGUCUUUGCAUGGCCCGUUUUAGGAAGCUUGUGGUUUAUGGACAGCAGAAUGAGUACUGCAGCAGUGAGACGGAGGAAAGAAACAAAGUGAAGUAGAGAGAAUCCUGCUCUUUCCAUCAGUGACGCUUAUGAACCACUCAUGACUAAUUAAUCCACAACAUGCUGCUUCAUGCUCAUCCUCACCCACAGGCUGCUCGUUUCUGGGAAAACUUCUGUUGAAGGUUUACUGCCAGUGUGUGCACAGUAUUGCUGAUGUAUUCUUUAGAUUGUGAUGUCCUUAUUUGAAUGUAAGACUGCACACUCAGUAAUGCUGUUGAAUAUUGUCUCAGUAGAGGCAGGUUUGGUUUAGCUUCCAUAUGAUAAGAACAUGUUUAGGAACUACUGUGACAUUUGACCACCAGAGAGCACUUUGAUACUUUACAGUGAAAAAUAAUCUAUCAUAUUCAAAUGUUCUAUUUUUAUGGGUUUGUUUCUCAGGUCUUCCAUACCUGAUUUCAGUCCAUCUGUUUAUGCUGUAAAUAAACUCUCGUUCUGUUGCCAUUUCUCAUCAUUUAGCAUAAAAAUGUUUUGUUUUUCAGAUUUUCUUUUUAUAUAUUUUGCACAUAUUUACCAAAACAUUUGUAUUUGCACAUAAUUUGUUCCAACAGCAAAUGUUUACCUGGGUUAUUGGGACCAUCAGAGUGACUUUGUUUUACUCAUUAAAUAAAACACACUAUUGCACGUAUAGAAGACUUUGU